AUGGCCUGGCGCGUGCUCUCGUUGGGUGAGUCCGGAAGCCCUUACUCUAUAAUUCUUGUGGACGGAGGGGGGAUUCUCGGCUACGGUGAACUUCUGAUCUUGGCCAAUAUCUUGAAGGAAAUUCCACUGCCUCAUGGGGAAGAAUCGAAUUCCGGCGAGAUAUGCCCGUGUGACUAUUUCGAUGUCAUCACCGGCUGUGGUAUUGGCGGCGUCAUUGCCUUACUUCUUGGUCGCCUUCGUCUAACACUCGCACAAUGUCUACUUGAAUCUCGCACUCUUUCAACUUGUAUCUUGCGUGAAAGCUGGGGCGGUCCUCUUUUCGAUCAGAAGAAGCCACAGGAAGUGGCCGACGGUAUCGUCGAGAGAUACUGUCAUACUCCGUCUGCUCCACUGCUUGAAGACGAUAUCACAAGCAGAGGGAAGACUAACGAUCACAAUUCCGUCCCUAUCCGUAUCUCUGAUGCGAUGGUUGCUCUUCUGUCAGCCCGAGGUCAGCUUGACGAAGUUUCGCUUGAAACAUCCGAUGGUCUCACUUCGUUUUCUGAUGAUCUCUAUUCUUGUGGCCUCCGUAAUCCUAUUCUCGAUGUUCUCAAGGAGUUAAGAGAACAUUGGAGCGACCAGACAAUCGGACUAAUCUUGAGUAUUGGAACUGGAGGGGUACCGCCCAGCGAUAUACCUGAUCUCCUCAGGCUUGGCAAGCUGCACGACCUCAUGAUUCCCUCUUUGAGUGACUUAGCCCUCCCUUGGAAACUGCUCGCUGAGCGGCUGGCCAUUUUCCAGAUUAUUGGUAUGCUCGAAGACAACGAACGAUAUAUCAAGAACAAACUUCACUAUAUGGGAUAUGAGGAUAAGUACAAUCGGUUUGAGAUAGGGCCGGUGCAAGACACGGGGCCGAACGACUUUCGAAGUGUGAAGGAAAUCGCUGAUGAAACAGGUUGCUAUUUGAUUCAGCACUCGGAGAGAUUGGUCUCAUUGGCGACUCAGCUACAGGGUGCUGGUGUCAGCCACUAG